CGGCCGGAGUGACGGUUGGAGGCGGUUCCCCCACAGCAAUGGCGUCGCUGUGACCAGUGCCUGAGAUUGUGAACCCGGUGGAUCGUGAUCCGAGCCAGGGCUGCCCCGCCCCGCCCUCUGGCCUCCGCCUCCUCCCCCGCCCAGUAUGAACAUGCCACGAGUCACGGACAGCAGUCUGCUCUCAGCCGAGAUGAGUACUGAGGAUUCUCUGUACGAGGAGCUGCUGCUGCAGACGGCGAAGGAGAUGCAGAGCAAACUUCCCAGGGUGCCGGACACCAGGCAGAUCAGACCUCAGCCAGGCUUCUGCGUGAAGUCAAAGACAGCCCAGAACGAGAAGAUUUUCAUCAACGUUUGCAGGUCGGAGCAGGUCCCACCUCCCCCGGAGCUGUCCGAGGAAAAGCUAGUAGCUCUGUUGGAAUCAGAUGAUCCGUCCGGCUACAAAAUCCCUAUGAGCCUUGGAGAGCCACAUGCGGAGAUCGACAACAACGGCAACGGAUGCACUGCGUACGAUAUAGUUAUCAAUUCUCAGUUUUAUGAUGAUAUUCAGGACAAUGAACUCUUCAUGAGCUUUUUUACCACAGUGGCUUUCGAAGGGCUGGAAAACAAGUACAAUGUGGAACUGUCCCGAGAGUGGCGGAAGAUGAGAAACCGGAAGUUUAUGGGAUCCGUUACAGAACAGAACAUCAGGUCCAAAACCAAACCUGCCAUCCAGGAACUGGACUCCAGCUCACCGUCAGGGAGCUACAGUAAGCCCGGCAUCUCGGAAGUCAAAAGUGUGGAACCAGAGUACACGCUCACAGUGGAGCCUGCCGACAGCCAUCCCAGAUUCCUGGUGGCGGAGAUCAAGUUACCCAAAGUGGCCUCGGUGGGAUCGUUAGUGUUGGACCUGGGAGAGGAUCGGAUUGUGCUGUGGGCUCGACCAGACCUGUAUCACCUGGACAUCUGCAUCCCAUAUAACAUCAUACAGGAGGAGAGUGGCUCCCAGUUCAACCGUAACACCCAGGUGCUGACCGUUACGAUGCCUGUGCUGCCAGUGUAGACGGGCAGUGCUGGACGCACACAGUGGGGCACAGGCUGGCAAGGAGAAUCCACGGUGCCCGCUCUCUCUUUGGGAUUUUAUUCCGAUCCACUUGAGAAUCGUCGUUCGUGGGGUUCAGAAUCGUCUCGAGACCCUCCUCUUUGGCCCAUGCCAUCGCCUCAAAGCGCUUCGCAGAACAUAUUGUCAAGUGAACUGCAGGUACAUUUUGCGGGCGUGACCUCGACAGGCAAUUGCGCACCGGAAUUAUCACUGAAAAGGCGUCAUCGAGCAGAUAAGAAAAUGAGAGCAUAUGUGUGUGUGUGAGAGAGAGAGACAGUAUGCGUGUGUUUUCAAUUCCAACCAUCUAUACAAAAUAAAUCUUUGUGAUAUUAA